AUGUGUAUUAGCGUGGCAAUUGGGCCAAAUUUGGAUGUACCGUCUGGAGGGGACCUCACUGUCAUUGAUGCCGACAACGAUAUCGUCGUGCCAGGCUUCGUGAACGGGCACCAUCACCUGUGGCAGCAACUCAUCCGAGGUGUAGCCACGGACUGGUCUCUCUUCGAUUACCUCGUGAAAAUCCGCAGCCUCUACGUUAGUGUCUACACUGCCGAGGAUGUCGAGCUCGCCUAUUACACCGGCGCGAUGGAUCUACUGAGCAACGGUGUCACCUGCAUGCUCGAGCACAGCCACACCAUUAACUCUGCCGAGCAUGCCGACGCCGCCAUUCGUGGUCUGAAAAGAGCUGGAAUUUGGGGUUGUUUCUGCUACGGCUUCUAUGAGAACCCGCCCAUCGACGGCUGUCACGUCCCUGGUGUGGACCUGGAGAAAUUCGACCACACGCAGCGCGUGUGCGACGCGCGACGUGUGCGCACAACAAUGAUCCCGCUGAAGAUCUCCCCACUUUCGGGAUCGCACCGACGGAGCCCGAGAGGUGGUACAGCAUCUCGCGAACAAAGACAUCCUGGGUCCAUAUCUGUCUUUUCCCACGGCGCAUCGCUCACCGACAGCGAACUGAACUCCAUCCGCUCCGCCAGCGCGGGUCUCGUCGGCACCCCUAACACAGAGUUGCAGAUGGGCAUGGGCUUUCCCGCCGUGUUUGGUGCCGCCGACAAGGGUUGCAAGGCAUGCUUAGGCCUCGACAUCACGUUAAACCAGGGUAGUAAUUUCAUGGCACAGAUGAGGCUGGCACUUCAGGCCCAGAGGGCUGUCGAUAAUCAGGCCGCCUUUCCACUCGCCAUCAAAAGGAAGACGACCGAGGUUCUGCGAAUGGGUACCCUUGGCGGCGCCGAAGUCAUGGGACUUGAACACUUGGUCGGCUCGGUCGUGGUUGGUAAGAGAGCCGACCUCGUCGUCUUCCGGUACGACGACAUAAGCACCGUCCCAGUCUAUGACCCAACGGCUAAGGUGGUCUUCCACGCAUCAAGCUCCAACAUAGACACUGUUAUCGUCAACGGGAGGACUGUGAAGAAGGAUGGCUGUCUUGUUGGAGUCGACUGGCCGUCAUACGAGCGCGGCAACAACUCCGCAAGAUCCGGCCCAGCCGAUCAAGCUCGUGCCUUCUCCCUCACUUACCUAUACCAUCUCUGCGCUGUCUAUUUGCACUCCUGUAUGAUGCCCGUCCUAUUCUGCAGUCGACAGAUCCCCUUCAUCUCACAGGCCAUGAUUCGACUUGCCGCUGAGCAGGCAUAG